GUUUGAUGACGUCACACUGAUGAGGUCGGGUCGGCCAUUUUGUAACGUCUUAUAGAGUUGGCUUGAUUGACCUCGGGAACAGAAUUUUGUUGGUUUUUGCCAAGUGAAUAUAGGCUUGACAAUCCAUUGAAACUCUUCUUGACUGGUUCCUCUUAUUCACUUUCCGUUUCAUUCUGUGUAAAGUGCCAGCCAACAUAACAAAUAAAAAAGAAAUAAGAGACUAUUGAAUAAAACCGAAAAAAAUGGUAGAAGAUCGAGCUGCGGCGAAAGAAUUAGAUCAAUGGAUUGAGCAAUUGCACGAAUGUAAGCAACUUACAGAGACCCAAGUUAAAACACUAUGUGAAAAGGCUAAAGAAAUAUUAUCAAAAGAAUCCAAUGUACAACAAGUAAAAUGCCCCGUGACAGUGUGCGGUGAUGUCCAUGGCCAGUUUCAUGAUUUGAUGGAACUUUUCAGAAUAGGAGGUCGAUCACCAGACACAAAUUACCUUUUCAUGGGAGAUUAUGUUGACAGAGGAUACUAUUCAGUUGAAACUGUCACAUUGUUGGUAGCUCUAAAAGUAAGAUAUAAGGACAGAAUAACUAUACUUCGAGGAAAUCAUGAAAGUAGACAGAUUACCCAAGUGUAUGGAUUUUAUGAUGAAUGUUUGAGGAAGUAUGGAAAUGCUAAUGUUUGGAAGUUUUUCACAGAUCUCUUCGAUUUUCUUCCUCUAACAGCAUUAGUAGAUGGACAAAUUUUCUGUCUGCAUGGUGGCUUGUCCCCUUCCAUAGACUCUCUUGAUCAUAUAAAGGCUCUUGACAGAAUACAAGAAGUACCUCACGAAGGUCCAAUGUGCGAUCUUCUAUGGUCGGAUCCAGAUGAUCGUGGUGGUUGGGGCAUCUCACCUCGUGGUGCAGGAUACACAUUUGGGCAAGAUAUUUCCGAAACUUUUAAUCAUACCAAUGGACUUACAUUGGUGUCUCGUGCUCAUCAACUUGUCAUGGAGGGUUACAAUUGGUGUCAUGAUAGGAAUGUUGUAACCAUAUUUAGUGCUCCUAACUACUGCUAUCGAUGUGGUAAUCAAGCUGCAAUUAUGGAACUUGAUGAUGCAUUAAAGUAUUCCUUCUUGCAGUUUGACCCAGCACCAAGACGAGGAGAGCCACACGUAACACGGCGAACUCCUGAUUAUUUCCUUUAAGAACCCUGAACAUUUUUUUAGUUGUACUGGGCAGCUAACUUUCUUUUUUUUGGUAACUAGUCUAAGUACAACAGCAUCAGCAGCAUCUGGUCCCUUUCAUUGGGAGCUGUGGCAAAAUGACAAACAUACUCUUGCAAAAUAUUAAAAAAAGAAGAAAUAACAAAACAACAAAACAAAAUAAAUAUAUCCCCCCUCAAAAAAAAAAAAAGACCAUUCUCUAUUCUUUAAUGUGAAAGCAGCCAACAAGUUAUUGUAAGACAUACACAAUGGUGUGUGCAUGUGUGUGUGUGUUUUGUGGGGGUUUUUCUUAAUAAUUUGAAUUACAUUUCGGCAGUUGUUGAAUGACAUGAGCUGUCUACUGCUAUCCCCACUUCCUCCUAACGUACAUACCCCCUUUAGUUUAGCACCAUUCAUAGUUCAUCUAUUAUUGGUGGAAACAAGGCUGCCAUAGGUCACUUUUGUCCUCUCUCUCCUCACUCCACCCUUACUCCAGCAUCUAUUCUUGUUAAAUGUUUAACCAAGUCCUGCAAGACUUAUGUGAUAUAAGAUUUUCUUUUCUUUUUUUCUUUCUCCCCCCACCCCCUCCAUCUCAUAAUAGAGCUGGCUCUUCACUUCUUCAAAAAGUUUGUUUCUGAUGGAUUAUACUUUUCCCUAUCUGUCUCUUGCUCUCCCCCCCCUUCCCCGUCCAUCCUCUUAAUCUCCUCCCUAUAGCUACAGAAGUCUUUGUUUCUCUUCACUAUUAUUAUUAUUAUUAUUAUUUUAAACUGGAGCAACUGAAGGAAUGGUGGACUUAAAUGCUUUGAUGCCUGAAAGAAAGGAACACAUGUAAAGAAAGAAGCAAAACAAAAAAAAAAACAAAUUUGAGAGAAAAAAAAAACAUAUAUAUAUAUUUAUAUAUGUAUACAUAAAAGAGAAUCUGUAAUUGUGAUGCUAGAAAUUUACAAACCAAACAAACAAAAACAGAAAAAAACACAAAAAUAUCUUCAUUGUAUUACAUUUGAAUACUUUUUGUCGGAAAAAAAAAAAAAAAUUAAAGAAAAAAAGCAAAGUUUUAAGAAAGACGAUUGGAAUAUAUUCUCCCUAAGGAUAUUUUCUGGAACCGAUUCUUCAUCUUAUAGCUCAAAAUGGAAAUGAAUUUACAAAAAGAAAAGAAA